AUGGUUCUUGUUGCUGCUGGACAACUGUGUGCGUCGAAUGUGCUGAAAGACAACGCUGUGGCUGCGAUCAAUCUGAUUGCCAAGGCGUCAGCGUUGAAGUGCAAAGUUCUGUUCUUGCCGGAGGCGUCCGACUACAUUGCGCGGAACGCUCAGCAGAGUAAAGAGAUUGUCAAGAGUGUGGCUGACUCGCCGUUCAUCCAGGCAAUUCAGGGCAAAUUGAAGGAAUUGAACACUUCUGGCGAGUCACUUUCUGUUUCUGUGGGGAUCCACGAGCCGUCCGAGACCUCAGACCGGGUCAAGAACACGCUGAUUUGGCUGAAUGAGGCCGGCGAGAUCGUGCACCGGUACCAGAAGAUCCAUUUGUUCGACGUGGACAUCAAGAACGGACCUAUUCUGAAGGAGUCGCAGUCCGUGGAGCCCGGAAACGAGGUUCUUAAGCCAUUUGCCAGCGCAAUCGGCACAGUGGGGCUGGGUAUCUGCUACGAUCUGAGGUUCCCGGAAUUGGCUCUGCGGUUACGGAGCGAAGGAGCACAGGUGCUAACGUAUCCGUCAGCAUGGACGAUGAAGACGGGCCCGCACUUCCAGUUGCUGGCGCAGUCGACGGCCAUUUUCACGCAGUCGUACGUGGUGAUGCCGGCCCAGAAGGGCAAACACAAGCUCGAGGACGGAACGGUCUCCAAUAGAGAGUCGUUUGGCCACACCUGUAUCAUUGACCCGGCAGGAACGAUUCUGGCACAGUGUUCCGACAUCGACGACACCGAGGAGAUCUGUGUGGCUGACAUCGAUCUUGACAAGCUCGAGCUUUUGCGCAUUCUGGAACAAAACGCAACCAACAAGUCGUCUCUUAGCAAGACGGAGAAACCUCCGUCCAAAAUCACCCAGCUGCUUUUCGGAUCAAAGGGAUUGGAAUACAGGUACAAUGUGGAUGUGUGCGAGCGGUUCCCCACGGGCGACCAGUUCAAAUUCAUCAAGCAGACGCUGUCCAUGAACCCGCAGUGCAAGAAGGCAUUCAAAGACGCAUUUCCUACCCUCGGCUCGGCGAAUGACCAUGUGAUCGACUUGCAGUCCGCAGAUAGCACCACGCUGAAACAGUACGAGUCCAAGACCUUGGACGAGCUGGCCAAGGAGAACGUGUUCCAGCCGCCGUUGGUGGUGGACUGGGACCACAAACUGAUAGCCUCUGACGAGCCUGAUCUGCUGAAAAUAUUAAACAACUACCACAAGAACGAAGAAGGUAUUUAG